CAAGUUGUCGGUAAGAUGUGCUCAAAAUAAAACCAAACAUCCAGUAGGUGGUAUGCAAUUGUCUGUGUCUGUAUUUCGAUCCUGGGUUCCUCUGGCCCAUUUGCAUAAAGACUUCGCUGCGCAACGAUCGUUUUCGCGAUGUGCAACAAGGGAAGAUAAGUUUAGAUUCGCAUUUAUUUAUUUUAUUUUUUUGAUUGACCCAGAAAGCUCACUAGGGGGAGUUCCACAUUGCUAUUGAAACACUAAACAAAGAAAACAUGGAUCAAGCCAUCAUGGAACCAACUUUCAUCUCAAUCAAUAAAGCUUUGUAUGAUCCGAGAAUAGUUUUGGACUCCGAAGAGUUCGAAAUAUUGAAUGAACCUGCUCAAGUACAACGUUACUCCGAAUCAAAUAAGAACAUUGCUUGUUGUUAUAAUGAGAAGAAACAGAUCCUCAUGGUCAAAAAACCGAUGCCUAAACUCCAUCCUGGUCAAGUGUUAUUACGUAUUCGCGCGACUGGAAUUUGUGGCAGUGAUGUGCACUUCUGGAAACACGCCGGAGUUGGAAAAAUGGUGGUGAAGCAUGAGUGUGGAGCAGGCCACGAAUCGGCCGGAGAAAUUAUUGGUGUUGGUGAAGGUGUCGCAGACGUGAAAGUUGGUGAUCGCGUAGCUAUUGAAGCCGGCGUACCAUGUUCCAAACCGACGUGUGAGAUGUGUCGCACCGGUCGCUACAACGCUUGUCCAGACGUCGUAUUUUUCUCGACGCCACCUUACCAUGGUUUAUUGACUCGUUUCCACGCCCAUCCCGCUUGUUGGGUUCACAAAUUGCCACUCAACGUGUCCUUUGAAGAGGGCGCAUUGCUUGAGCCCUUGGCUGUCGCUCUGGCUAGCGUUGAGCAUGCUGGAGUAAAACUAGGAGAUCCGGUGUUGAUUUGCGGAGCGGGGCCAAUCGGACUGGUCACUUUACUGGCCUGUCAGGCUGCCGGUGCUUGUCCCAUCGCAAUUACCGAUAUUUCUGAGAGCCGAUUGGACUUUGCAAAACGAACAGUCCCCUCUGUUUCCACGUUUCGGAUUACGCAAGGAGUAUCUGAGGUAGAGCUUGGUCAACAAAUUCAACAUCUCAUGGGGGAGAAGCCACAGGUUGCUCUCGAGUGUACUGGCCGCCAGUCUUCCGUUAGAACAGCGAUAUUUAGUGUCAAAUUUGGAGGAAAGGUGUUUAUGAUCGGAUGUGGCCAGGAUGAGCAACUGUUUCCUCAUACCUACAUGUUUGAAAACCAAAUCGAUGUCCAAUUUCAGUUCCGCUAUGCCAACCAAUACCCGAAGGCAAUCAAGCUGGUAUCUAGCGGAUUGAUUAAUGUCAAGCCAUUAGUUACUCAUAGAUUUCCAUUGCAAGAAGCGGUCGAGGCCUUUCACACCUCGGCCAACCCGGAAUCUGGCUCAAUCAAAGUUCAAAUUGUCGAUAUUUAAUUUCAUUGACCGUUGUAGCUUUAGUCUAGAGCAAUCACUAUCCCAUCUGGAUACGCCAGAAUAUGUGAUUACAUCAUAAUUCCAAUCAAAAUGGUUCAUAACCUAUCUGGUCAAAUUUACAAAUUAUAGCGGACAUGCAAUUUCAAUUUUUUCUCUUGAUUUACAUUUGUUUCUUGAUCUGAGCAGAAUUUCACCGCUUUUCACCCAACAUAAUGUCAUUCUGUCUGCAGAAGUCUAGAUGUAGAUUUCAGAAGGAUCUUGCAUCAUUCAGUUCAUCAAAAGAAAAUUUGAAGUUGUUUUUCAUGAGUUGAGCAGGCCACAUAUUGAAGACCUUUUACCACUGUUUGUAAUUAUGGCAAAGAAGUCCAGGCUAAUCUGGUUUUGAAAGUAAGUUUGCACAAGAAACAAG